AUGGCUGCACGCGGUAGGUGAGGCCCGAGCGAAGAAAAGUGGAAAAGAGUGUUAUUCGUCAAAAAACCCACACAACGACGGUCAUUUUUUCGCCGUGCUAUUGUAAAAUUGUCUUUUAUCUGUGUUUUGUGUUCCGGGGGACCCCGACUCCAGAAUGUGAAAGUUUCCCGCGUGAAGCCGCUCCACCGUCUCGCCGAGUGCCAGCAAGAGUCAUGAGUACUUGUCAACUCGACUCCUCAACUGGAGAUAACUUUCUAGCACCUCACCAUGGGGAAGGAUGUAUUCAUAUGCCUUCACCAGCACAUGCAUUAAACAUGCAGAGAGUUACACAAGUUCUUACCACCUUGGGGCACCAUUCAGGGUGCCUUUUCAUCUGAUUAAAUUUAUAAUGAACAGGGACAUUGCGGUUGUCCCAAGUGGAUGGUAUGAUGAUAGGAUGGUUUUCUGGCCCAGCUAUAAAAACACAGACAGAAUUGAAAGGGCCGUUUUAAAUGAGGAGCAGCAUGAGCCAAACUGGCCAAGAUUUGACGUUUCUGUUGUCCGAACUUGUGACAACUACAAAGACGCAUUAAAAAUAAUGCAACAAUAUGGAAAGGGCUGCAACACCUCAGACCUGCAAUCUGAGGCAGAGAACGAGGAGCUGCCAGAAAAAAGGAACAGGAAGCCAGUCCAUCGUCUCGGGGACUCAGAUGAUAGCGAAGAAGACCCGGGAAAUAGUGACCUCACGUCUCUGGGGUUGGCAAGCCAAUUGCACAGGCAGACUCCACCGUCUCGCCGAGUGCCAGCAAGAGUCAUGAGUACUUGUCAACUCGACUCCUCAACUGGAGAUAACUUUCUAGGAACGGCAGUCCCUCCUCGACUCCCUCCACCCCCCUCACCAGCAGCCCUCAACAUGUGGCAGACAGAGGAGCCUGGAUCCAGCCUGGCCUACAGGCCAACAUGGCGAGGGGAAAGAAUGGCCGACAACAUUUCCUGCUCUGCGCCUGAGGUAAUCCACAUCCUUAGCCUGCUGGAAACUAUUAAGCACAACCAAGACCAGCUGAUUGCGAAGGUGCUGUGAGUAAAAAUGUGUUGACAAGGUCAGCCACGGACGCUGAGGUCACCAAACACGCCAUCAGGUGGUUCAACUUGGCGGGGGAUCGGGCAACGAGGAGACGAGUCCCGCUUCCACCUCCUCAGGAGGAAUAGAGAUGUAUAUGUAUAAAUAAACAACCUUUUAUUGGA